GAGAGAGAGAGAGAGAGAGAGAGAGAGAGAGAGAGAGAGAGAGAGAGCUUCUGUUUCGGAGAUGACCGAUACUUCACACAACUUUCCCAUCACUUCAUCGCACUUGGACCGCUGAGGAGGAGACGUAGCGAAGCCGCUGUCUGCGUCCUUGCGCACCUGUCCGAACACACCGCCGGCUCCACUGAGGGAUCGCGACCGCGCUGCACGUCACCUCACGCACACGCACACACACACACGCGCGCACGCACUCCGUGGACAUCCCGUUCCGUUGCCGUUCCGUUCCGGUCGUCAUGUCCUCCGGUGAUACCUCGGAGCAGAGUCGGCGGGUCAGCGUGCUGUCUUGGGAUCAGGUGCAGCGGUUGGACUCCAUCCUGGGGGAGAGCGUCCCGAUCCACGGCCGCGGAAACUUCCCCACGCUGUCCGUGCGGCCCCGGCAGAUCGUCCAGGUGGUCAGGGCCCGGCUGGAGGAGCGGGGCGUGGUGGUGUGCGACGUCAAGCUGAACGGCUCCGCGGCCAGCCACGUGCUUCACCAGGACAAUGGCCUUGGCUACAAAGACCUGGACCUGAUCUUCGGCCUGACCCUCACCGACGACAAUACCUUCCGGGUGGUGAUGGACGUGGUUCUGGACUGCCUGGUGGACUUCUUGCCCGAAGGGGUGUGCAGGGAUCGAAUCACCCCCCUGGCCCUGAAGGACGCGUACGUGCAGAAACUGGUGAAAGUUUGCAAGGAGACGGACCGGUGGAGCCUCAUCUCGCUGUCCAACAACACCGGCAAGAACGUGGAGCUGAAGUUCGUGGACUCCCUCAGGAGGCAGUUUGAGUUCAGCGUCGACUCCUUCCAGAUCACCCUGGACUCCCUGCUGCUCUUCGACCGCUGCUCGGAGACGGCCAUGUCCGAGGCCUUCCACCCUACCGUGCAGGGCGAGAGCAUGUACGGGGACUUCGAGGAAGCCCUGGGCCACCUCCGCUCCAGGACUAUUGCCACCCGCAACCCGGAGGAGAUCCGCGGCGGCGGGCUGCUCAAGUACUGCCACCUGCUGGCGCGCGGCUUCCGGCCGUCCUCCGAGACUCAGAUGAAGCAGAUGCAGCGCUACAUGUGCUCGCGCUUCUUCAUCGACUUCCCCGACAUCAACGUGCAGCGGAGGAAGCUGGAGGCGUACCUGCAGAACCACUUCGCGGGCAUCGAGCACAAGCGCUACGAGUGCCUGGUCACGCUGAGGCGGGUGGUGGACGAGAGCACCGUGUGCCUGAUGGGCCACGAGCGCAGGCAAACGCUGGCGCUGAUCUCCGCCCUGGCCCUGCGCGUGAUGGCCGAGCAGAACGCCAUCCCCGCCCUGUCCAACAUCACCUGCUACUACCAGCCGGCGCCCUACGUCAGGGACGUCAACUUCAGCAACUAUUACGUGGCGCAAGUUCAGUCCCACCUGACCACGUGGAACUCCUACCAGACGUGGCUGCCUUGCAGUUGAGCGGGUUGACUUUGA